AUGUUAGCGCAGCGUGAGCACCACCGCCGCGUGAGCAGCCACUACUCAUUGCUGAAGUUAGCAUUGCCGCGCUGCGCGAUUCGAGCACGAUGCCAUGAGCACCGACCCAGCGUGAGCAGCCAGUGUGUGUUCCUGAUGUUGCCGUAUACCCGUGCCGCGCAUUUCGCACAUGGCGCCCGAAAGCACGACGCCCGCGUGCCCUUUUGCCCAAUGGUGGGCAGUGAGGUCUACUCCUCUGAGGUCAAGAAGACCGAGAUCUUGAUGGAGAAUUGUCGUCGUGCCAUUGGGAUCCGAAUCAAGGAGACCAAGGAGGUCUAUGAGGGCGAGGUCACCGAGCUGACCCCGGAGGAGAGGCCGGAUCCCAGCGGUGGGUACGGCAAGAAGGUCACGGCCGUGAUGAUCGGCCUCAAGACCACGAAAGGCCAAAAGACCUUGAAGCUGGCGCCGCAGAUCUAUGAGAGCCUGCAGAAAGAGAAGGUCACCGUGGGCGAUGUCAUCUACAUCGAGGCCAAUAGCGGUGCCAGCAGAAGAGUUGGGCGAAGCGACAGCUAUGCAACGGAAUUCGACCUGGAAGCAGAUGAGUACGUGCCAGUGCCCAAGGGAGACGUGCACAAGAAGAAGGAAGUUGUGCAGGACGUCACCCUGCACGAUCUAGACCAGGCGAACGCCAAGCCCCAGGGCGGGCAGGACUUGCAGAGCCUCAUGGGCAGCUUCCUGAAGCCCCGGAAGACAGAGAUCACCGAGAAGCUGCGCCUGGAGAUCAACAAGGUGGUCAACAGGUAUAUAGACCAGGGCAUUGCCGAGCUGGUGCCCGGCGUGCUCUUCAUCGACGAGGUGCACAUGUUGGACAUCGAGUGCUUCACCUAUCUGAACAGGGCGCUCGAGUCCACUCUCAGCCCCAUCGUCAUCUUUGCCACCAACAGAGGUAUUUGCACGAUCCGUGGCACGGAUAUCGUGUCGCCCCACGGCAUCCCGGUGGACCUCUUAGACAGGCUAGUAAUCAUCAGGACCAUGCCAUACUCGGUGGAUGAGAUCAUCCAGGUGAUCAACAUCCGAGCGCAGACAGAAAGCCUCACCGUGGAGGAGGAUGCUCUCGUCCUGAUGGGCGAGAUCGGUGCCAAUACCUCCCUCCGAUACGUCGUGCAGCUGCUUACUCCUGCCUCAAUCCUUGCCAAGACGAACGGCCGGGAGUCGAUUAUGCGAGAGGACAUCGAGGAGAUCGACUCCUUGUUCUUCGACGCAAAGUCUUCCGCCAAGCUCCUGGCAGAGCAGGAUGCCAAGAAGAAGGACAAGGCCGCCAAGAAGAAGGGCUACCACGGGGUGCUCGACCGCUACGAACUGCACGUUGGGUAUCGCAAGCGGAUGAGCGAAGCCGGCAGGUGGAUGAUCCUAUACCGGGGCAAGCCGAUGAUCUUCGAGGAGCACAGAAGGUUUAUCCUCGAAAAGAACGGCCACAGCGAAACGUCCAUUUUGCAUGAGCUGGACCGCAUUGGGUGCUACAACGAGCAGUCCGCCAAGAGAUCCUUCACUUUGCCAAGGCCGGCUGCCGGCAUGCGGCGUCGCCUGGAGAAGUGGUCUCAGGGCUGGGUCACUCCCACUGGCCGCAACCAGCCGCGCCAGAGGACCGCCAGCCGGGAGAAGCGCGCCCUCAGCGCGGAGCUAGGCGCGACCCUUGUGGAGCCGGCGUGCUCGGGGACGACGGCCGAGGAGGAGGACGUCUUCCACUGCCAUACGGAGCCAGUCAUUUCCCGCCACGAGGCUCCCCAGGUGGACUUCCCCAUUUCCCAGGCAAUGUGCUGCCUCGAGGUCGGAGAGGCGCUUCUCGGCUUUGUGCCUUGCACGGUGCAGCUGACCGCGGAGGCCUUGCACUUGGAUGGAGCGGCCAAGAGGAUCAUCCGCUUGGACCAGGUGACAGACGCGGCUCUUGUCGAGGAUGAUUUGUCCCGGCUGCUCCCGGAGCCCGCGCCUGCGACGUUUUCUCCCGAGCCAAAGGAAGAGGCCGCAGAAACCGACUUGGCCGAGAUGUGCCUCUGGGAUAUUCCGCCAAUACCCUUCGGCAAGUUGCCUUGGUGCCGGCCCAGCCUGCCUGCCCGCUGGCAGAUGCCCAACAAAGUGCCCAAGGGUUGCUGGAUGCAGGGUCAGCCUCUCAGAAACUUCGACCGCUCGAACCUCCAGGUGCAGGAGGCCGUGUCGCUGGGCCUUCAGCCGUUGCGUCCCUCCCUGGCUCGGCUGCCACCACAAAAGUGGACAGCUGAUCAGACGAGCCUCGCCGCUUCACCAACUCGGUCAUUGCCGGCGGAGAUGAAGUCGGGCCUGGUGGUGUGGGUCGGGAGCUGCCCUCAGAUGGCCAAGAGCAGCGGCCGGCAUCUGCGCCUCCGCGAGGGCCACGCCACCGUGUUGGCCUUCCCCACAUCGGGAUCCACCGGCGCUGCGGCGUUAAGGGAGGAGCUGCUGAGCUUCCGGCUGCGGAUGCUGAACCUGUGA